AUGCACCUCUCCUGGGUCAUGCUCUUGGUCGUCUCGGCCGCAGCCAAAAACACCACUAUCGGGCUGGAAACUAUCGAAGAAGGUAGCAAGACUGUCAGCGUGCCCAUGGGUGAUUGUCAUAACAUCGAUUCCUAUGAGGUGACGACGGUGUCGGUCAAGAAGCCAUGUCGAUUCUUCACAGGCCCCAUGUGUAUCGGACGACAGACACUGCUGAAACCCGGCGUCCACGAGAGCGACGAACCGGUACCGAUCUGGAGUGUGUUUUGCGAGGACGAACCGGAGCAUAAACUGGAGCUGUAG